CCUCGACGCCCGACGCAUGUCCCGUCAGCAGCGCAUCUCUCCUCGUCGCCGUCACCCUCCUCGCGCGCGCAUUCGUCUGCGGCGCAUCUGGCUGCUCAUCUUCACCCACUCGCACCGCUCACUCAGCGCUGCCUCUGCCCCGUGCGCCGGCCGUGCCCUGCGCUGCCUCCACAUUGCUCCGCUGCUCCACGCUCCUCGCCUCGGCCUAUUUUCGUCGCGUCGAGCCAUACUCCGGCCGUCCUCGCACGAAGCACGUCCUACGCGCGUCGCGCGGCGCCGACUAGGCCGCCAUGGUGCUCAUCAAGCGCCGUCCCGUGGACAUGGUCCCGCCGCCGGACCCGGCCAUGCACGAUGCCGACGCCGAGGCCUUCUAUCUUGCAGAAACGGGCGAGGUGUUCCUGGACUAUGAGUCAUACGCCGCCCGCAUGUCCUUCUACCGCCAGCGCCGCUUCCAGUGCGAGGUCUCGGGCCGCCAGAACCUGACCUUCUUCGAGGCACACACGAGCGAGCUGCUCGAGGCGGAGGCCACGCAGAAGAAGUUCCCGGCGAGCCUCAAGGGCCCGGUGUUGAAGGCGGUGCAGUUCGUCGUCACGGGCCGCCUGGACAACCUGGUCGACAAGGCAUACGACCGCUUCAAGGACCGCUUCUUCGUGCAGGAGACGGUCAUGGUCGAGCGCUUUGGCGAGAGGUACUGGGCCCGCAUCGUCAGCGUGUACCCGCCGCGUGAGCUGCAGCGCAAGGCCUUCGAAGAGGCGGCGGCGGCGAAGCGUGCCGCGAGGGCAGAGCGCGUCGAGCGCAACAACGUCAAGAAGAGCAAGAACGGCACGAACGGCGCUAGCAAGGAGCGCCCGGGCCUGCACUCGUUCGACUCGACGUCGGACCUCAGCGACCUCAGCGACGAGGAGAGCGAGCUCUCCGAGGAGGCCAAGUCUGCCAUUCUCGCCAAGGCGGCGCACCAGAUCGGCGCAGACCUCAACAAGGACGCGCAGGAGGCAUACGAGCUCGAUGACCCGUCGCGCUACCUCUACCACGUGCGCUUCCUCGACGACAAGGACGCCUUCGUGGGCAGCCUCACCGAGGUGCAGCCCAAGCAGCUGCUGCGCGACCGCCUCACCUUCUCCAAGACGAUCCUAAAGAAGUACAUGAAGGACUGCCUGCUGCGCGACGCCACCGUCGGCGCGCCGUGGACGGUGCGCCCGAGCCUGGCCGAGCGCUUCGGCAUCCCGACGGAGAUGUCGGAGGAGCUGCUGCGCAUGAACGCCGAGAUCAAGGAGGGCAAGCUGAGCAAGCGCAAGAAGGUCUUCACCGUCGAGGACGAAGAGGCGAACGCCAACAAGAAGCCGCGCAAGAUCAAGGGCGACCCGGGCCUCACCGCAGCCGAGGCUGCCGCGGCCAAGGAGCGCGAGGAGGAGGAGAAGCGCCUGCUCGAGAAGAAGAAGAUCGUCAAGUACCCCGUCGAGGACCUGCUCAUCGAGCCCGUCUCGGUGCGCGAGCUUAACUCGAAGGGCAAGGAGGACCUGCUGCCGCGCCGCCGCGACCGCCCGAUCCCCAGCCGCGAGCUGCCGGUGCCGCGCGACACCUUUGAGAUCCUCAUGAACACGUACUACUUCCUGCAGGCGUGCGGCAAGCCGCUCAUGCUGUCGCCGUUCAGCCUCGACGACUACGAGGCGGCGCUGCGGCACUCGACGAACGAGCCCUCGUGCACGCUCAUGGCCGAGGUGCACGCGAGUCUCAUCAACAUCGUCGUCCGCGACGGCACGCACUCCAAGGACCUCGCGCCAGCCAACCUGGCGUCAAAGGCGGCUGCCUCUGCUGCGGCGCGCGCCGCCUCGCGCGACGAUGACGACGAGAGCGUGGCGGACUCGGAGGAGAGCGACCAGCUCGACUCGGCUGCGAACACGCCUGCCCCCGAGGGAGACGAGGAGGACGACGAUGAUGAGGCAGAUGCCGAGGCCGACGCGCUCCUCCUCGCCGCGCGCGACAUCGGCCGCGGCUGGGACAAGCGUGUGCUGAAGCUAGACGAGGACCGCGACGGCUGGGAGGCCAGUCUGAUCGGCAUUCUAGCAAAGCGUGCUUCGCUGGAGACGAUGCCGCGUCUGACGGGCAUUCUGUCUCACCUCACCGGCAUCGCCCACCCGGACGGCCAUAUCGACGGCAAGUUCAUCGCCGACACGUACGCGUCGCCCGAGGCACGCUACGGCGUGCUGCCGCUCAGCGACAAGCUGCUCGCCAUCCAGGCGCUCUGCGAGCUGGCGGUCAUGACGAAGCCCAUCAAGCACUUCUACGAGGAGUGCGAGGCACACCUGACCGAGUUGCGCAAGGAGCGCGUCGAGAUCGGCCGUGCCCGCAAGAAGCUCGCUGAGGACCGUGCUGCGUUCGAGGCAGCCAACGUGAAGGAGGGUGAUGAGGAGGAAGGAGAAGAGGCUGCCGAAGCCGAGGAGGACGGCUCAGACGCCGAGGCCAACGGCAAUGGCGAUACCGAAGAGGCUGCCGGCGACAGCGACUCGGAGAAGGACGAGCUGGAGUCGUCGAGCGAGAUGGGCACGCCGCCGGGCUCGCCUCCAAGCAACAGUUCGCUCUCGGAUGUCGAAGACUCGCGCGCCGGCCGCUCCUCGCGCAAGGCAGCCAACGCCAAGGCUCGCGCACGCCGAGCGGCACUGCCGUCGCGCCAAGAGGCGCUGCGCGAGCGCGCGCUGCAGCGCGAGCAGGAAGAGAAGGAGCGCCGGGCCGAGCUGCAGGCGGCGCGCGAGGCGUCGAAGCAGAAGGCUGCCGAGUCGCGCCAGGUCAAUCUGGAGCGCAAGCGCCUCGACGACGAAGAGGCGCGCCUCAACAAGCGCGACGAGGCCAUCGACCGUGACUUCCGCCGCCAUGCGCUCGCGCCGCGUCUGACGCCGCUCGGCCGCGACCGCUUCUUCGACCGCUACUGGUGGUUCGACGGCAUCGGCAGCGCGUCGCUGCUGACGUCCAAUGGCGCCGUGUCCUACUCGACUGGUCGCCUCUUCGUCCAGGGCGCUCGUCGCGACGACUGGGAGAUCGCGCUGGCCGAGAACGAGCGUGGUCCCAAGUAUCUGGAGCAGCGCCGCAAGGAUGAGCAGCAGGCCGAGGGCGUGCUGCAGCCUGACGAGUGGGCCGUGUACAGCGAGCCUGAGCAGGUCGACGAGCUGCUCGCCUGGCUGCGCGCCAAGGGCAAUCGCGAGCUGGCGCUGCGCACGCAGCUGCUCAAGUUCCACGCCUACAUCGGGCCGGGCAUGGCAAAGCGCGCACAUGACCUUGCCGGCGGCUGGCGCGACAACAUCGUCGAGACGCGCCGCUCGAACCGCAGCAAGGGCGAGCAGAGCGCGGUGAUGCGCCUGCCGUACAUGGCCUGGCGCAACACGGCCGCGAGCAAGUAGUCCCUGGGAAGCUUUCUCCUCCUUUUCUCUCCGUCAAUCCUGUCCUGCUUGUUCCUGCGCACCACGCUACACCAUGGCUGUACACUACCAUUCUGCAUGCU